UACAUACUUUGUAAUUUGGAUUCAGACUUUGUUUUUUUGCCCAACUAGAGCUGUCUUUGUAUCCUUUUUGGCAAAGCCCAUCAAUCUUUGUGCUGUCAAGCAAACAGGAUUUACACACAAGUGCUAAGCUAGCAUCUCCAGCCACAUACCUGCAAAUAAGUUUGUUUAAUCAGUUGUUCUGCACAAAUCUUAUUUUGCAAGGACAUCUUCUUUCAUCUCACCCCACAACUGUGCCAAUACAUGACAGUGUUCUGUGCAUUCCUUACCUCUUCAUUAGCAGUUCCAAAGAGAUUUUUCAGCUUUCUCACUGCAAGGAAGAAUGGUGUUGAUGUUUCAGAACACUAUUCUUGUUGACAAUAAUAGCUUUCUGCUGAGCUGUAAUAGCUUGUUGACAGCCUUAUGACAUGUACGUUGCCGAAGUAGUAACCUAGGACAUACUUUUUGCACUUGCUAUCAUUAGAUCUCAUAAACCGUUUUAGUGCCUAUUGUAACUUACUGCAUUCAUUUAUUAAUUUUCACUCUGAUGAAUAUCUGAUGUCAUCAUACUCAUAGAAUAUCCUAAGUUGGAAGUGACCCACAAGGAUCAUUGAGUCAAACUCCUGGCUCCACACAGGACCAGCCAAAAUUCAAACCCUAUGUCUGACAGCAUUGUCCAGAUACUUCUCAAAAUUUGGCAGCAUGGAGCCAUGAUCACUGACUGCCCUGGGGAGCCUGUUCCAUGCCCACCAUCCUCUUCCAAAGAACCUUUUACCUAAUAUACAGUCUGGUUAUUUUUCACUCUCUUUUCUAUAAACACUAUGCUCUCUUACAUAUACGUCAUUUGUAGCAUCUGGACACCAUCUGAUCUUCGUGACACGUUGCUACAUUUCAAAAAGAACCUUUCAUGAAUAGUCUGUACUUGUGCAAAUCUAAACAGAUAUGUCCAUAUAAUGUGGAGCAAGUCCAGCAGUCCUGCAUGUGUUGCUGCCCAAUUGAUAUGCUGACCAGCCACAGAGUUCACUGAACUUCUUUUUUUUCUCCUACACCUUGCAUUAACAUGGUUGAUGGGGAUAUCUUGAUGUGCACUGUGCGCUACGCUAUGUGCUGUAUGAGCUUUGUUAACACAUAAAGUUUUGAUUUUGAUCAGUCAGCAUAAAUACUAACCUUCGUUUGCCAUUCCAACUGGCAUUAGUUGUAAGAGUCUGCAUUCAGUGGCACUUUUUCAAUCAGGGUUAGUUAUAAGUGUUCCAGUUGUAGACAAAGCCUGUGCCAGCUAAUGCAGUAAGAUGCUUGAUAGAAGGGGGAAGGGGAUGGAGGCAGGGAAUAGGAGAAAGUAGAGGGGUUGGCAGUGGUGAAGCUAUACUGUUAGUUACAUCAGAACAAUGGUAUAAAUGAAAAGGUCUGUAGAAAUAAUUGGAGUAUUCUUGUUUCCGAUGCAAAGCAAGUAAGCAAGAAACCAAAGGGAUAUCACAACCUUUUCAGGCAAGUGCACUUCCCUCCAUUGUUCUCUAAGUAAAUGUGUAUUUGUGUGGCAAUAUUCAGCACUAAGUUGGCACAGGAAAGAAUCCUCACUGCAGAAGGACUAGUCAUAGACUGCAAGGCUACAAACAUUAAUGAGAAAAACAUUAUAAAAUAAGACUUAUUCACUAUUUUACAUUAUCCAUUCCAUUUCCUUAAAAAAUGUAGGAUAAGAAUAACCCUCCUUUUCAAAAGAGCUAGAAUUUGUGCCCACAGAAGAAAUGUUUAGGAUUUUAUUUUUUUUUUUAAUGUAGGCUGCGUGCUUUAUUACUGCUCAAUGCUGAUUUCUGUUCUGUUACUGUAAAUUUGGGGGAAACGUUAAAUACAACAUAAUCAGCAGGGCCGGAGCAGUAAUAAUUGGAAAGCAUUAAUAAAGAAAAUGCUUUAUGUUCCAGUACAGAACAAAAGCAAAGGACUGAAGCCAACUUGAGAGCAUGAAGAGGAGGCAAAUGCCUGACUGACAGUAGCACAGAAAAAAAACAGUUCAUUGCCUAAACUAAGAAACAUGAUAAAUUCAAACUUAGAAUUCAGAGCGAAAGUAAUUAUGCAUUCUUGAAAAUAGGAUUGCAGACUUGCUUUCUAGCUAUCGUCUGUUAAUACUGCUCUGGCGGGAGCAAAAAAACUUAAGAUGUUAGAGGCCCUGAGUAAAGAAUGUGAUACUCAGCUGGUCUCUUCCAGCAGAGAAUAACAUGCCUGCGAAAUAUCUGUUGCCAAAAUGUUUCUUGAUACAUUAGGAUGUACGUAACCACAAACUUGCAGGCAUCUGAAAUUAAGCAGUCAUUCCACUCAAACUGAAAGAGCUUUCAUGGAUAAAUAACUGUUCUUCAUAGAUUAAAAUAAAAUAACUUGGAGGCUUUUUAUUCAUAAUACUAUAAUAAAUAACCAACAACAACACAGCCGUUUCUAUGUAAACAUUAACAGCGGACCUGUCUCAAUCUAUCAUGGAAAGCAUGUUUUUACAAGAUGUUACUUUAAAAGGAAGAAAUGGGAGGAGCACUGACUACGACUGAAAGUUGGAAUACUGAGGCUACUGGAGGAAUAUCUGUGUUUGAAUGCAGUUAUUUCCCAUCUGGAUUCUGAUUAAGUCCUGUUACAUGGUGCUUCAACUCAGUCCUGAACUGAAGAUUGUAAACGUGCUGCAUCAGUUCCUCCUAAAUGCCCUUUGGCACUCAGCAAAUUUAUGCCUUACUACUGGUCUUGUUGUUCAUGGGGAAACAGAAAUUCCAGAUAUUGUGCUGUACAUCAUACUGAUCUUUGUCCAAAGUACUUCAAAGAGAGGACAAUAUAUUGUUUCAGAAGACACAGGUUCCUUAACGUUUAUUAAUUGCGUCAAUGUGAAGUGGGGAACUCGUGUGCAAGAUAUUUUCACAUAUGCAAAACUUAUGGCCCUUGUCGUGGUGAUAUCUGUUGGCCUUUACAAAAUUGGUAAAGGAGAAACAGAAAAUCUCAGAGCUCCCUUUAAGGGCUCAGCAACAGACCCGGGAAUGAUUGCACUGGCUCUGUACUCAGCCCUCUUUUCCUACGCGGGGUGGGACACCCUGAAUUACGUCACCGAGGAGAUGAAGAACCCUGAGAGGAAUUUACCUCUUUCUAUUGCAAUUUCCAUGCCCAUUGUGACUAUUAUUUACUUGCUGACUAAUAUAGCAUACUACGUAGUGCUGGAUAUGUCAGCACUCCUCACAAGUGAUGCAGUGGCUGUGACGUUUGGCGCUGAAACGCUUAGUUAUGCUAAGUGGAUAAUUCCUAUAGCUGUGGCCAUGUCUUGCUACAGUGGGUUAAACUCAUCAAUAAUUGCAGCAUCUAGGCUUUUCUAUGUUGGAGCCAGAGAAGGACACCUCCCUGACAGUCUGAGCUUGAUUCAUAUGAAGAAUUUCACACCAGUCCCUGCUCUUCUCUUUAAUGGUUUAAUGACUUUGCUUUAUCUCCUUGUGGAAGAUGUUUUCCUCCUCAUUAAUUACUACUGCUUCAAUUACUGGCUCUUCGUGGGCCUGUCUAUUGCAGGACUAAUAUAUUUGAGAUAUACUCAGCCCCGUAGACCACGGCCUAUUAAACUUAAUCUCUUCUUCCCUAUCAUAUACUGUUUAUGUUCCCUUUUCCUGGUCAUAGUUCCUCUCUACAGUGACACGAUCAAUUCCCUUAUUGGCAUUGGUAUUGCCCUCUCAGGCAUUCCUGCAUAUUAUUUAGGAGUCUAUCUGCCAGUUGAAAAAAGACCUAAAUGGCUACAGUGGCUCUCUGUUACAACAACCAGAUACAUUCAGCUGCUCUUCUACUGUGCUCUGUCAGACCUGGACAUAGACAUGGAACCUACAAAAGCUAAAAGCAAAUAGGAUUGCCUUGACAUUGGGAAUUGCACCCGACACAUCCUGUCCGGAACAAUUUUUAUAACCUGAAGUUCUCUCCAUAUCUUCAGAUAUGUUAAAGCAUCAGCCACUGUACUUUGCACCAGUUUGAUGUCUGUUAAUUUCUGCUUGUUUCAUAAACCACUUGCCAGCCUCUGUUUUACAGGAUUUUUUUACUGAACAGCACUUUGAAACUAUAAAGUAUGGUAUGAACAAACACUUAUCAGUAGGUAAUUAUUAGGUUCAUUGUAAAAGCUUAAUAAAGAAAAAAAAUUCCAUCAGAAUCCUAAGAAAUAAAUUCAUCAAUGUAACAAAAAUCAAAUCAGAUAACUGCAAGAUUCAAAACUUGAGUUGGGAAGCAGAAGCUACAGUGUACUUCUAAAAAUAUUCCUAAAUUCUUAGCCAAAUAAAAAAUAGAUAGUCUGUACUGGAUAGGAUACAGUUGGCAAUUGGUUUUGGUCAAUUAUAUUUUGUGAGAAAUUCUUAUUUAGUUAUAGGCCAUAUUCAUUACCCUUCUGCGGAAGAAGUAUCUUCAACAAACAAUUGACACUCUUGUAACUGAUGUAUUUUUGCUUUCUGGCAGAACAUCUCACUGUGGAGCACUGUAAGGGACUGAGACAUACUUCAGUUCAUUAAAUUCAGAGAAAACACAUUUCCAUAGCAUCCACUGCUUGCCUUUCAGUAUCAAAAGUAUAAAAAAAAUGAAUCAUACUAAUUUUUUUGCACAGUACAAGUCAUUUAAAGAUUUUUUAAGGAAAAAAUUAAAAAAUCUUGAUUAAAAAUCCUGUGAGCCACUGCCCAACCCUGCAGGUUGGUCUUUCACAGAAUGGUUGAGGUUGGAAGGGACCUCUGGAGGACACCUGGUCCAAACCCUCAGAGUCAUCUAGAGCAGGUUGCCCAGGACUGGCCUUGCCAGUUCUUCUGGCACAGCACCCUGCAGUCCUGCUCUUCAGCAAACAGAGAGCCUCCUGCACAGGUGCCCAUUGCAGCACUAGACAAGUGCACCCAUCAGUGAUUAAAUAAAUGGGCAGUAAGAACAUUCUAUUUUUCAGUGUGGCACACAGUAAUGUGUAACCAGUCCUAAUUCUUAGCUGCUUCAAGUGGGAAAGAUAAUAACUGUCAUAGGAAAGAAAAAAACAAUCACCUUUAUCAACUAGACUAUGAAAACAACGGUUCCUUUUCUAAUCUGCUUCAUAGAUACGUAGAACUUCUUGUAAUCCUUUUUGUCAAUUCAUACUUCCUUUCUGUAAUUAUAUUUGAAAGUAGCAUAUAUUUUUUUAAUUCAAAUUCCACUCAAGUAACCCCAACUAAGUUAUUUUUUUUAAAUCUUAUUAAGUCCCUGUGGCUUCUACUAUUAUUGUCUUUUAUUUAUGUCUAUCCAGACAAAGAGAAAUGGAAUAGGGAAAAAGGCAGUUGUUGCCACUGUGACCUUUUUUUCAUUCCCUCCCUACAGUGUAAGGUCAUUUGCAAGAUGAUAAGCUCAUGUACCUCUAGCCUAAUGCUUGCUGGCACUUCUUCUGUGAAGCUUUCUCUACACAUUCUAAUUCCAUCCAUUGCAGCACUUGUGGGAUUUUCUUUUGAUAUAAAGUGUAAGUGAUAAAAAUGCACUAAACUAAGGUAUGGUACUUAGAUAUUUAGUACUUAAGGUACUAAUAUACUAGAAAUGUAUAUUUUGCUUUUUGGAAGCUGUGACUUUAAUGCACUAAAAUCACUGAAGUAUCAUAAACAUUAAGAGGAAAGAAGGUCAAGGGUGCAAUUUAGAUUGCCCUGUUCCAGAUACUCUUGUGUACUCUUCAUGUACACAAGUGCCUAUGUUACAGUACUGCAUGAUGUUCAUUCUGCUCUGACUUAACAGAAAUACUGCAUUGUCAUCCCAUCUUUUGAAGGCACCAGUUAAUGAUGAAGUUGAGAUCCCACAAGGCACACAGAGAAUAUAAAGCCUACAAGACAAAUUAGCAGUGCCAAAUUAAACCUAGCAGUCUUUGUCUGCAGAGUUCAAAGUCACGCUUGGUGAUGAGCUCCAUGUCACAUGAAGAAAGCACUGCACCAUGCUAUAAAGUUGUUCAUUACAUGCCCAAAGGUGCUACGUGGUUUGACACAAUUGAAAUGAUACCAGGUGGUAACAGAUAGUGGGCACCAAAGGUAGCAUAAGAAAGGCUAUGAACAUUUGCAUAGAAAUUCUGAACUGAUAAACUUUGUGGUUUUUUGCCAAAAUCUGUUUCUGUAUGAAUCUGUUAGCUUUCUGGGCACCACACACAAGCUUCCAUUUUCUUUCUUUCUGGACAGGUGACAAGUGGAAGUGUAUUAGUAGUCAGAUGCAAUGCUAUAAAUGUGAAUACUGUUAUUGAAAUUCUGUAUAGAUAUUGGAAUCUCAGAAAUGUUCGUGUAUUUGUUGAUUUUUAAUUCCUUACAAAUAAUACGUGAAAGUUGUUUUCAAAUAUCUAAGGCCAAGUUAUAGAUGCUAAAACAUUUAAAUAAAUCACAUUUGAUCCUUGGCAAAUGCUACAGUUGUGUGG